AUGGGUGACAUGGCGAAAGAGUUGGUAAACACAACAUGCCCAUCGGAAAAUAAGAUAGAAAAUGAUCCAUCAGCUUUCUGGGAUAAUGGACCACAUUUGGAUGCUCAUAGAAUAGGUUGGGCAGUGUCUGGUUUAUGUGCAUUUGUAGCGACGGUUGUUUCACUAUAUUUGAUAAUAAAGCAUUCACAAUAUUAUCACCGUCCAGAAUAUCAACGGCAUAUCAUUCGAAUUGUUUUAAUGGUUCCGAUAUAUGCAGUUAUAUCAUGGUUAUCAUACCGAUUCUUUCAUUAUAGCAUCUAUUUCGAAACCGUUCGAGAUUGUUAUGAAGCAUUCGUUCUCGCGGCAUUCUUCGCCCUUCUCACGCAAUAUGUUGAAGAUUCUCCCGAUGAAAGCAAGGAGAUGUUAGAUAAAGCUUCAAAAACAAAAAAAAAAUGUCCAUCUCCUCUUUGUUGUUAUAGAUAUCGACCAACAAGUGAAAAUUUUUCGAAUAUGGUUAAAUGGGGCAUUUUACAAUACGUUGCGUUGAUACCAAUCAUCACAUUUACGACCUUGAUUACCGAAGCCUUUGGUGUUUAUUGCGCAGAAAGUAUGAGUCUGGUUUUUGCAAAAGUUUAUCUAAAGACUGCACAGGUUAUUAGUGUCACUAUCGCGAUAUAUGCUUUGGUUGUAUUUUAUGAAGUAAUCCAUGACGCCAUUGCUUCAGAACGGCCAUUUUUUAAAUUCCUCUGUGUUAAGUUGGUUGUUUUCUUUUCAUUUUGGCAAUCUCUUAUUCUCUCAAUUUUGGCAUCUAAUGAUAUGGUAAAGGAUUUCAUUGCUGUUACAAUAAAAGUGUGGGAUAUAGCUAGACAAAGGCGUAUUAAACGUAAAGCAUCUGAAAAAGACAGAUUUAGUCUUCAUCGUGCUCUUACAUCUAGGCGUAAGCAGAAAUACAAAAAUUCAAAUUUAGAAACAUCAUCCAAAAAUUUAGAUAUAGAAAAAUCAUCCAAAAUGUUAGAUUCAGAAGCAUAA